AUGAUCACUACCAUCAGAAGCGAUCUAUUCAUGUUCAACAAGCGGUUCCGCAUGUACAUUCGGCUCCAGCGCCAAUUCGAGGUGUGCCGAUUCCGCAACUUGCGGCUCUACAGGAAGCUCCACAUCCCAACUUUGGGUAUCAUCAUGAGACCUUGCUUGCGUACGAGGCUCGUGCGAUUCCUGGAAAGUUAA